GAUCUUUUUAUCGUAUUCCCUUUUUGGUGCGUGAUCUACUAUCGCACUUCUUAGUUUCUCAAGAGUAUUGGCCUAUUGGAUAUCAUACUCGAUCGCCGAUCAUGUUUUUCGGUGUCCUUUGUUCUUGGUUUGUUUUAAUCAUGUUCUCCUACCAGUUAAACUUUUGUUCUACUUGAGGAGGGAAGAGAAGAAUGAAUAUAUGAUGUUCGUUUUUAAUUUCCUUUUUAGGAUGAGGAGGGAAUUGUGAAAGAUCGUGUUUACUGUGUUCAAUACUGUGUCAUUUCUUAUUAUCGUCAGCUGGAUUCUAUUGGCAAAAAUGCUAUGAGAAUCAUUUAGAAUUUCACAAAGCCUAGUCUGUCUGAAGAGUUUGAUUCUUAGAAUGGAUGAAGGAUUCAGUUCUUGGCUCUUUUUCCUUUGUGUUUCCAUCUGAGUUGGUAUGUACCGAGAUAUCUUGGAGAUCCGUGCUAUCCGGCGUGCGCUUUAGUUUUUAGGUCUAUAUUCAAGGGAAGCAGGAAAGUGAGGGCGACUUGCAUUGUGCUGUUUCCUUGUUUCUUGGACUCUUGUGGAGGUGCUUGGAUAAGCUUUGGCGCAGGUAGAUGCCAGUUGAAAAACACAAGGUUUUUGGUACUUCAGAUGUCAUGAAAGCAGAGGAUGGAAAUGACUCCUUAGAUACCAUAAUCAGAAAGGCAAUUGGCAGAGAACCUUUUCUUUCUGUUCCAAGGGCUAGUGACAGUCCAGUCCAGUGGAUACAAUUACUUCAUGCGUUAGAUCAGCAAGAACCGCCAGGCUGGCCUUUGCUCUCUCCUCUGAAGGUUCAGUUGCAGAAGUGUGAAAAGUGUUCCCGAGAAUUCUUGUCUACAAUUAAUUAUAGAAGACAUAUACGUGUUUACCAUCGGUUGAAAAAGAUUGAUAAGGAUUCUACAAAAAAUAGAGAUCUGUUAGGAGCAUAUUGGGAUAAGCUAUCAGUAGAAGAGGCAAAAGAAGUUGUAUCAUUCAAGAAUGUAAUGCUGGAGGAAGUUCCAGGGUCUUCUAUGUUAAAAGCGCUGACGACUCUUGUUCGGAAACAAGGAUUUUCUUCACUUCCACAGAAUUAUCUGAAGGCUGGUUCUGCCCUUUUGGAUAUUGUUCAAGCAAGAUCUUCCAUUCUUUCUAUAUCUUCCAAGGAGUUGUUCAGUAUCCUUGAUAGUGCCAGUGAAAAAACAUUUUUAUGUGGGGCAGCAGUGUCUAUGCAAAAAUAUAUUUUUGAUGGAGAGCCAGGAAAGAUUGGCCUUGAACCAAAAAACCUAGUUGCUUGUACUAGUUUCUUGCUAGAACAGAAAUUGGUAACAGCAUGGCUUGCUGACAAGGAAGCUGAAGCAUUAAGAUGCCAGAAACUGCUAGUGGAGGAGGAAGAAGCUGCUCAGAAAAGACAAGCUGAGAUCUUGGAGAGGAAACGCCAGAAAAAGCUUAGGCAAAAGGAACAAAAGGCUAGGGGGCAAAAGCUUGAGGAUGAGGCAGAAAGGAAAAAGACUGGUAGCAGUUCAGCAGCGGACAGUUCAUUAGCAGAAGCAUUUUUGGAUACAUGUGACUCUGGAGAACUUAAUCCAGAUACAUUUACAGGCCAUGGUCCUUCACUACCUGUGCUCUUCCAUUGCACAGACGCUAAUGAAGUCAUGGAUGGGGGUUCUCUGUCAUUGUAUGGUUGUGGCACUGAUCAGAACAUUGAACAAGAGACAUCCCAAGGACAUGCUUGUCAACACCUUGUGGUUGCUCAACCAAAACCACAAUGGGCUGUAGCUAAUGGUUUUCAUGCAAAUCAUAACUCUCAAAUUUCCAAGCCUGGAGUCAUCCAAAAGUAUGGGACCCACCGCGAACAAAAGGCUAAUUCCAUGCUUAAUGGUAACAAAGUAUGGAGCCGAAAGCCCAAGCAAAGUAUUAUUGGGGUACAUUCAAAAGCCAGACUAGAGAAAGAACCAGAUGAGGGUAAAAACCGUGAAGUUUUAAUUGGAUCAAUAUCUGUUACUCUUGGAAAUAGCAGCCAAUCAGAGGAUAAUCUGGUAGCGUCUGGAGAGGACCGCAUGGGAGGGAAUUUAACGAACAAUAGGAAUGCUCAGGAGAAGCCAGUCAAACCUGAUUCUGGACAGAUCAGUAACAAUCGAUUAACAGUUAAGGCUGUUAAACUUUGGAGGCCAGUUACUCAUCAUGGAACUAAAUAUUCAUCACCACUUCACAGUGCUGGUCCAGAAGCUCAUGCAAUAGAUGAUCAAAAUUUGGCCGAUCAAAAUUCUCUGAGGCCAUGUGACUUGGAUAAUAGUGAUAGUUUUGAGAAUAAUUCCUUCCAUCUAGAGGGUCAAGUUGGUCCAGGAAACUUGCGGUAUUCCAGUCAAGCUGCCAAAGCCUUUCUUGCAGAAAGAUGGAAAAAAGCUAUUUUGUCAAACCAUGUGAAAUUGGUUCUUUCACCGGACUCUGAACCUCCUAGGUGCAUGGAGGUACAAGAUUGUGAACUAGCUGCAUGCCAAUCUUCAAAUAUUGACAAAUGCUGCAUUCUUGCAAGUGCAGAGAUUCGGCUGCCCGCAACCUCAUUUAAAUCCAAAAUCAGAAUGAAGCCCGGAAACGGUGUUAAGAUAAAGUACAUUCCCAAACAAAGAACAGCUACUUGAUAGGCAGGAAGAAGGAAGAAAGUGGAUUAGUUCGUCAUACAGAUAAAGAUUUGCUGUUUGAUUUCUCGCCGUUAAUUUCCUCGCUGAGGUUCCAGUUUUACUGAUGGUCAUCUGUCAGAAAAUUGAAGGUAAGUAUUGCCGGAAAGUCUUUUUACAUUCCGUCCUUCCCCUUCAGAAGAUGGCAAUAUCAUAGGAGAUUGUGCAUUUAAGCCCUUUCUCCUUGCGGUUUUACUUUUAUGGCAUAGGAGAUUGAGAAGGCAAGUACUUCUACCUUGCCUGGUUAUUACCAAUUUUUUGUGUAAUCAAUCUGUUGAGUUACUAGGGUUCGUUCUUUCUUUCUUUCUUCGUUUUUUUUUUUUUUCACAUAGGUGUUUCCCCCUGGACAUAAUCUUCAAAAUUUAAUUUAUCCUUUCCCUUUUUGGUAAAAUUGUCUAAAUUCAUGUAAUAAUUCUAUUUUUGAGAUAAUAUAGAGAUCCCCUCCCCAGUUUUGUGACU